AAGGAUGCAAGAAGAUCGUCCGACGUCCUCAGAAAUGAGUAGUUAGUCUCUAAGCUUCUUCCGAAGAAUUUUGACUGAAGGAUUUUCUUUCUUCGCUUAAAAAAAAUUACCUAUACUGUCUUUGGCAAAUUAGAAAAAAUAAGUCUAGUGGAAUGCUGCAAUUAAUGUAGAGUUAUAUUACUUGCUCUGGAAAUAUUAUAAAGGAUUAACAUGCUAUACUUAAAUUAUCUCUGCUGCAUAUACUUUGCUCUGCUCUGGACAUGUGUUGUCAGCGAUGAUGCCGUUAAGAAUCACAGAGCUGAAAAGCGUCAAGAUAAUAGCUUUCUCUUCUUCGGAGGAUGGAGGCCCGUGAGACCUGGAAAUGCGUAUCUUCAUGGGUCUGCUACAGGAAAAUACCACGACUUAAUAUCUGCUCUACCGGAGAGCUUAGACACAUCAUCCAGCUUCUACACCCACGCUCUUCCCACAAAUUACCAUAAAGAUAUCUAUAGUUACUAUCCUAGACCAGCCAUUCGGCCGAAGCCCAAGAGGAACACGCCUGUUUAUAUGGAGAGAUACAAACCUCAACAACAACCACCACAAAAGCAAGGAGCUCGGAUUAUUUCAAAUAAUUUACCUCAGUUUAUUGAUCUGCAAAAAUUAAGCAGGAAUCAUCUAAGAGGCCUACAAGAUGUAAUAUUACAAACAAAAGAUUUACCUUUGUCUCAGUUGAACUUGCCUGUCCAACAUGGAAAACCUGUGGAAAUUAUUCAAAUAUCUUUGCAAGAGUUGCAACAAAAUAGUUUCAAUCAUGGCAGACAAAGUAAUAGGUAUAAUAGGAUAAGGAAUGCCCAAAGGAAUAAAGUUAGUUAUGGUAGGAUUCCACAGAACCGUAUUCCUUCUCAACCAGCAGUUCAGUUCGAGUACUUAUCCGUUCCCAAAAUCAAAUCUGUUGUUCCUCAAGUCAUCCCUAAAGAAAUAGAAGUCGCUCCAAUAAAAUUGCCGCAACCUAUUCCUGCUAUUGACGAUAUCCUUGGCAUAAAAAAUAUCCAAGUAGUAGAAGUUCCAGUUCCUCCGACUGUUACAUAUGGAGUAUCGAAAUCUUCAGAAAAUCGUGCACCUUACUAUGGUCAGAGAGAAAGCCGUCCUGUUCAAAUCCAGUACAAAUUAGGAGGUCAGAAAACUCAGCAGAAAGUAAGCUUUCCUCCUCAGUUUUCUUAUCAAGCAGAUCAACUUCGAGGUCCAUAUGCCGCUUCCCAACAUCAAAAGUCCAAUUACAUCCAGCAUCAGCAACCUGAAAUCGAAGCUGAGUUAAUCAAACUUAGUGAAGAAGAAAUACAAAAUUUGUUGUCCAAGUUACAAGUAAUUGAUAGUAAAGACUCUCAGAAUCUUUUAAAAUAUUUCCCCAUUGGAGAUUUACUGAAGCCCAAAGGAGAAGAGUUACAGCUUAUUGUAUCUUUGCCUCAAGCUGAACAGAGUCAGUCUCCUGGGAAUUAUAAAUACGAAAUUCAGAAGUCCAACCAACAAAGUAACAACUACGCGAAAAAGGGACAAUAUUCGGCUGGAAAUCAACAGCUGUCUUACCCAUCGCACAGUUCGACCAGCAUAAGGCAUAACUCUGGUGGAUACCAAAUUGAGAAACAGAAUAGUGUUCAGGAAGUUGAGCAUAAUGCAGCUGGAUAUCAAGUUGAAGACGAAAGCUCGAAAAGUGGUGGUGAUAGUUAUGAGCAAUCCGGUUAUCAAUCCUUAGGCGGUCAAGCUGGAUAUAGCCAACAAGCUGUUUACCAAGGAAACAGCUAUGAAUCACAGAACAAAGGCUAUGAAGUGUCUGAUCAACAGUCAGGUUACUCUCAAGGUCAAGAUGUUUCGAAAAAUGAAUAUGCAAACCAUCGGCAACAAGAACCAACUUAUAUUCAAGUGCUGAGUCCUCAGGCAGAUGAGAAUGGUUAUAGGAGAGAACCUGUCUUGGCAGUUGAAAUUAAACACGGACAGUCAAUUGAAGAUGCUAUUAAAUCCCUCGAUCCGGAAACAUUACAGAGACUGGGUUCCCAUGGCAAAGAUGGAUUGGAAAUUGAAGUUGUUGAAAUUCCUGUUGACGAGUAUACUUCAGAGUCUAAAAAAGUACAAUCUGUUGUAUCCAGUAAUAACAGCACCAUUGUUUCAUCUAACAAUAACAGUACUAUGAUCUUAAGAACCAAGCUAUCUAGCAAGAAAACAUAGCUUGAAUAUUUGCAAGUGAAGACAUUGUAACUCAAGAACAAACAACGCUUAAUGUCAUAUCAUUAAAAGCCAGUUACAGAAAUCUGCCUAAACAUAUCGGGCUAAUCAAGAUUUAUGAUAUGAGCAUUAAAAUAACACAUUCAUUUUUCAGAUUUUGUAUAUAUACUGUACACAAUGCGAAAUGUUUUGAAACUAUACAAUUAUAGUUAAUCUCCUUUAAAAAACAAUUGGCCAUGCAUUUUAUUCAGAAUGAGGGGUAUACAAAUAUGGGUAACUUUUUAGACUUUUUGGUACAUUUUUCUUAGAAAUGGUUAAGCAUUUAUUAAUCUAGUUUUUCUGAAAUAUGAAACUUAAAAUCAUAUAACUGCUUCUAUUCUUCUAAGAAAACUAAAAGGUCUACUAAUGUAUUUCUUUGCUAUAAAAUUGUGCUCUUUCCAGUUGGAAAAAAGGCAAUCUAGCGAUAUUCGUCAAGCUAUUUGAUUCAUAAUUUUUUCUCUUACUUUUAUUGAACGCAGAAAAUUCUUUAAUAUGAAACGUGAAUUUCAACGGUGCAUUUUCAAUGCUGUUAAGCUAACUCUGUUUCAUUGCAGAAUGCAUUUAUUCGUUUAUGAAAAAGUAUAAAUUUAUGAAGAAUUAAAGCAGCUAUCAAUGAAUUUUGUUUCAAGAUCAUGCUAUUAAAACGUGCCAUGUUAGUAGACAGUUUUCAAUGGACAGUAAUUAUUUUAAUAAUUUUGUUUUUGCAUUGAAACAAGGUGCUUAAAUAGUGUUGUAUUAUUAUUUGUAAGCUGUUACAUACAGUAAAACGUUUUGCGCUUUUGGAGGGGAAUUGUAAUAUGUCGUUUCAUUAAAUCUUUCGGUAUCUCUGACUCGACAGAUCAUAGAUAUUAGUGGCUAUCAUUCUCUACAACUUAGUCUCUUUAGAAGCUAAUGCAGUUUCUCCAGCGACGACAGAUGAAAUUUUUCCGCAGAAAUUUACUUCAUAAGCGCACACAAUCGAUGCAGAAUACUACAUCAGCAUCUUUAAGACUAUGUGAGGAUACUUAAAGGUACAGUACCUUCGCAAGCUAAGAUACUUCUAAGUAACCUAGCAUGAUCCCUACUGCAGCCUACAUGUUCAUCAAAGUGUGAUAGUUUUUGUCUGAAAUAACAUAACAACUGUUCCUAUCUCUUACUGAUAUUUUAAUCUAGCAUCCUGAAAUUUUUCAUAAUCUUUAGAGAAAAGACAAAGUUUAAAGAGAGAAAUUCAAAACCGUUAAAGAGAUACAUAAGAGAUAAAUAUAUGCUAACUAGUCUGGAGAAAGAACACUUUCAGGAGGCGCGCCAUAAUAAAUGCGCUAUAGCAGCUUCUAUGGGAAUAUAGUGGAGAGAAAUGACAGUCACUAUAAUUUUAUGUUAGUCUGUGACAUUCUAUAUCAUGUUUUUGGUUCUAAAUUAAUUUCUCAAAUGAAAAUAGAUUAUUAUUAUUAUUAUUGCUGUACAUUGACAUAAUUAUAUUUGAUGAAUUUUAGAAAAGUAUUUCUUAUUAUUUUCUUAGAAACAGAUUAGGGUAUUAAGAAGAUUUUUUUAGUUUUAUACAAAACCCGUGAAAAACAAUUUCUCCCACCCAAAUCAUGUGUUGCAUAACUAAAAGCAAAUGUUAAAGCAAUCUAUUUAUCAUUUCGUGAUUAUAUGAAGAUCUUAUUCCUUUUCCAUAAAGUUAUAAUCUGUGCAUAAAUUUGUUUUGCUUAUAAUAUCUUUCAAGAGUCAUUUUUUAAGUUUUAAUGUUGAAACAAUGUUCAUUAAAAGCAUUUCGUAAUGAAGUACUUAAAACAGUUUUAAUACAGGUUUGCAGCACAGACGUGCCUAAGGAAAAUGACCUGUAAUUUCGUACCUAAUGCCAUAAAAUGUUAUUUCUAGAAUCAAAUGCAAUAUCUUAUUUAUGUAAUGUUGACUGUCCACUGUACAUAUACAUUAUAAAUAUUUGUAUAAUAAAACAAUUUUUUAUAUAAAA